AUGAGCCUGGAGAGACGUCCCGCAACCAACCACUCCAAGUUCUCUUCCCCCUCCCCUUCCGCCUGCGCCUCCCCGCACGCUUCCCCACCCGCAUCCCCCCGUGCUGCAACCGGCCGGCGCCGCUCCGACGUCUCGGAAAAUCUCGCGCUUCGCUUAAGCCGGCAGCUGGACGGCAAAGGAACUCCUGCUAGCUCCCCGCCAGUCUCGCCGCGAUGGUCGGUGAUUAGCUCCGAGCCACGGUCGCCUCGAUCGCCGCGCUUGGCGGUUACCGGAGCGAAGAGGCAGCCUCUCGUCCAGAACGCGACUAGCCAUCGUGGCCCCUCUUCCCUGAGCAAGGCUGGCGCUGGCGUGAGCGGCGGCGGCUGCGGCGGUGGCUGCGGCAGCGGCGGCGGCGGUGGCGGAAGGGUUAAGGGUGCUGAGGCGGCUGAUUUGAGCACUAGCAAUGCUCGUCACCGUGGCGAACACACGCGCGAGCAUGCGACGCGGGGGGACGCGAAGGGCGGGCGCGGCGGAGUGGUAGCAAGGAACUCGUGUGGCGCAGCUGUAGGCGGGAGCGGGAGUGCCGCUUGCGGAAACGCUGGGGGCGGGGGUGGUCCCCGCUCGCCGCGGCAAGACAGCGGCCGACAGGAGAAUCGAUUUAAGAGCCGUGAUGCGGAUGACGCGGAGAGGGAGCGGCGAGCGAAGAAGGCGGAGAGACCCGUAGUUGGUUAUGGUGCUGGUCGUGGGGAUUCGGAUGCGAGAUUAUUGUCCAAGUCUGCUCUAGCCUCCUCUGGUGAGCGACCGCUGCCGACGCAUCAUGGCGAUGAAUUUGACUCAGGCGCAGGCCAUCAUGCGCCGGCGAAGGACAUGUCGCAGCUGUCGCACAUGGGCGUGCGACGAGAGGAGGGCAGCCCGGUCUCGCACAAAUCGUCGCCUCACCGUUUUCUCUUUCUUCUCUUCGCUUCCCCUUCACAAUCAGAUCGUUCCGUCAACUCUGUCGCAGAGUGCUACCCAGACGCGACCGUCACACUGCGUCAGCCGUCGCACGCGUCGCUCGCGUCGCCCAGCCAACAUGGCGACGUCGCCGUGGACCUCCUACGCCUGUCGCCACAAGACAUCGUCGGUGACGUGGCAGGCAUGGAGCAGGAUCUCGAGUACGUGCGCCACGUGCUCCUCAUCUCCGGAUUUGGCGGACCGUCUUUACCGCCCAUCUUCUCGCGCAACCUCCCGAUAAACCCGGUGGUUUUCGAGCAGCUGGAGUUUGAGAUUACGGGACAGCUCUCCCAACACUUUCCGUCCUCGUUAUCAGCGUCGUCAUUAUCGAGUACAAGCCCUUCCUUGAUAGGUUUAACAAGCCCAGUUGUUUCUACCGCCGCCGCCGCAGGCGCUACUGCUGGUGCAGUUGCCGCGGGGGUCUCGCGCCCGCCGUCUCCGUCGCUCUUUCCGCUCCCCAGCUUCGCCGUCGGCGCGCAGAACAUGUCGGAGGAGCGCCGCCAGCGCAUGCUGCUAUUCGACGCGGUCAACGAAGCGCUCGGCCGCACGCUCGCGCCGUAUCUGGAAGAGCUGCAAGCGCAAGAUGAGAUUAAGCGAGACGCGAAUAAUCGCUGCUCGGGUCGCCCGUCGCAGCUAUUCGCCGAUACUACGAAUACAGGUAGUGGGGAUAGUAACUUCGGCCUGUGGGAGUUGGAUAACGGCGCGUCUUUUUUCGCCUCGUGCUGUUCCGCCUCGCGCAAGCCCGCGCUUCUCCGCCCGCGCCCCAUCGGCCGCCAGCUGCUGCAGCGCGUGUGGGCGGAGGUGCACAGCUGGCCGGUUGCGCCGUCCGAUGACGUUUACGACAUUCUCGAUGACGCGGCGAGGAGGGACAUGGUGCGCGGAACCGAGCGCUGGUCCGCCGAGGAAGUGGCAGCUGCGGAGGUUCCGCAGGUGGUGUUUGCGCUGGAAUGCGCGGUGUUGGAGCGCGUAAUGGAGGAGAUAUGCCGCGAGUUUGCGGAAGUGGAGGAGGAGCGCGCGCUGUCGCGGCAGCGGAGGCUUAGCGCGAAUGGCGCUGCCACGGAGGGGGCAUGCGCAGGAAAAGCUCCUGGGGGAGGGCUGCGGAAAGGGGGGAGCGGAACCGAGAGAAGGUGGCUGCCGCGACGGUUGAAUUUCUGA